AUGUCGCUUAGACAUUUCCAUAAUCCAUUUAUAAAUCCAGUGGAUCGUUACGAGGAAUACUUUCGUCAUGUCAUCGACGAUGCGAUACGAGAUGUUAGAGACACUUUAGCGAUACAACCAUACUGGCUUAAUCAACCACACAGUGAACAGUGCAAUAUUGGUAACACCAUUGGUCGAGUAACCAAUGAUAAGGAAAAGUUCGCAGUGGAAAUGAAUGUAUCACAGUUCUCGCCAGAAGAAUUAAGUGUUAAUUUGAAAGAUCGAGACCUGGUCGUUGAAGGCCAUCAUGAGGAGCGGAAUGAUGAGUUUGGCACCAUCGAGCGGCACUUUGUUCGUAAGUAUCGUCUACCAGAGGAUGCACAUCUUGAAAACAUACAGUCAAACUUAAGCAAAGAAGGGGUCCUUCAAGUGAUGGCUCCAAAAAAGACGCUCACUGCUGGACGUAAGAUACCAAUUAUGCCAGCUCCAAAAGGACAAACUGCCGACAAAAAAUAA